GAACCGACAUGAUGAGAGAAAAAAAGGAACAAUUUAGAUCCACGCGUUUAUUGGAUGUAGUUUUAUAAGCAUAUUUUAUUGUUUCAAAAACUCAUGCACCAGCUUAAUUUGAGUUAUCCUUCUUCUACUGUUCCUUUCCUUUCUGGUUCUAAUUGAUUUAUCUUUCAGAUUACUUAAUUAAUAUGAAUCGAUCAAGUGGAUCAUCUUCUUCCUCACGUUUUAGUUGCAGUUUUGAUGUGUUUUUAAGUUUUCGAGGGGAAGAUACUCGUUCCAACUUCACCAGUCAUCUUAAUACGGCUUUGCGUCAAAGAGGAAUCAAUGUUUUUAUAGAUAAUAAGCUUUCAAGGGGUGAAGAAAUUUCUGCAUCUCUUUUGGAAGCUAUUGAAGAAUCCAAGAUCUCCAUCGUUGUAAUCUCUGAAAAUUAUGCAUCUUCCAGUUGGUGUUUGAAUGAAUUGGUGAAAAUCCUUAUGUGUAAUGAAUUGAGAGGACAAGUAGUUUUACCAAUUUUCUACAAAGUGGAUCCAUCUCAGGUAGGAAAACAAAGUGGAAGAUUUGGAGAAGAAUUUGGGAAACUUGAAGUUAGAUUCUCGUGGGACAAGAUGGAAGCAUGGAGGGAGGCCAUGAUUUCUGUUUCUCAUAUAUCUGGAUGGACGGUUCUUCAAAAAGAAGACGAGGCAAAUUUGAUUCAAAAAAUUGUUCAACAAGUCUUGAAGAAAUUAAAUCGUGGAGCAAUACAGUUUUGUGUAGCUAAAUAUCCAGUUGGAAUAGACAGACAAGUUAAUGAUAUACUCUUCCAAGUUAUGUCUGCAGAUGAAAAAAUUACGAUGGUUGGAUUAUAUGGAAUUGGAGGUAUGGGCAAGACAACUUUGGCCAAAGCAUUAUACAAUAAAAUUGCUAAUGACUUUGAAGGUUGUUGUUUUUUGGCAAAAGUUAGAGAAGCUUCAAAUCAAUAUCGGGGUCUUGUUGAACUCCAAAAGGAGCUACUUCGUGAGGUUCUAAUGGAUGAUUCAAUCAAAGUUAGCAAUGUUGAUAUAGGAAUUAGCAUUAUAAGGGAUCGACUAUGUUCAAAAAAGAUUCUUUUGAUUCUUGAUGAUGUUGAUACGAGAGAACAACUAGAAGCAUUAGCGGGAGGACAUGAUUGGUUUGGACCUGGAAGUAUGGUCAUUGCGACAACAAGAAACAUGCCAUUACUUGCUAGUCAUGGAAUAUUUAAUAAAUUCAAAGAAGUUAACGGAUUGAAUGCCAUUGAAGGUCUUGAGCUUUUUAGUUGGCACGCAUUUGGAAAUAGUGAUCCCUCAAGUGAUUAUUUAGACCUUUCAAAACGUGCUGUACAUUAUUGUAAAGGUCUUUCCUUAGCUCUUGUAGUGUUAGGUUCCUUCCUUAAUUCUAUUCACGAUCAAUCCAAGUUUGAACGUAUAUUGGACGAAUAUGAGAACUUCUACCUAGACAAGGACAUCCAAGAUAUUCUUCGAAUAAGUUAUGACGAACUUGAACAAGAUGUAAAAGAAAUUUUCCUUUACAUUUCUUGUUGCUUUGUAGGAGAAGAUAUCAACGAAGUUAAAAUGAAGUUAGAAGCAUGUGGUUGUUUAUGUUUGGAAAAGGGAACAACAAAACUCAUGAAUCUAUCACUUCUUACCAUUGAUGAACAUUCCAACCGGAUUGAAAUGCAUGACUUAAUACAACAAAUGGGUCGCACAAUUCAUCUUUCGGAGACUUCUAAAUCUCAUAAAAGAAAAAGAUUGUUGAUUAAAGAUGAUGUUAUGGAUGUCUUAAAUGGCAAUAAGGAAGCAAGAGCAGUUAAAGUUAUAAAAUUAAAUUUUCCUAAACCUACAGAGUUGGAAAUUGAUUCAAGAGCUUUUGAAAAAGUGAAAAAGUUGGUAGUACUGGAUAUCCGCAAUGCCACAUCUUCAAGAAGUAGUGAUCUGGAGUAUGUACCUAAUAGCUUAAGGUGGAUUAAUUGGCCUCAUUUUCCUUUUCCAUCUUUGCCUUCAACCUACACAAUGGAUAACCUUUUGGAAUUGAAAUUGCCAUAUAGCUCCAUCAAACAUUUUGGGAAAGCAUUCAUGUGUGGUGGAUGCUUGAAAAAAAUUAAUUUUAGAGACUCCAAGUUUUUGGUGGAAAUUCCAGAUUUAUCUAUUGCAAUAAACCUCGAAGUGUUGGAUCUUUUAGGAUGUGUAAAUUUAGUAAAGAUUCAUGAAUCAGUUGGAUCUCUUAGUAAGCUCGUCGAGUUUUAUCUUUCUAGCAAUAUUAAGGGCUUUGAGCAGUUUCCAUCGUACCUCAAGUUGAAAUCCCUUGGAACUUUUUAUUUGGACAAAUGUAGAAUAGAUGAAUGGUGUCCUCAAUUCAGUGAAGAAAUGAAGUCUAUAGAAUUUUUGUCCAUUUGUAAUAGUAUUGUAACACAUCAGCUAUCUCCAACAAUUGGAUAUCUCACUAGCCUAAAAAAAUUGUGGAUCAUAACGUGCAAGGAGCUCAAAACUCUUCCAAGUACAAUUUAUCGUUUAAGUAAUCUUAAUGAUUUAUAUAUCUUCAAUUCUGAUCUUUCAACCUUUCCUUCCUUAAAUACUUCUUCUUCACCUUCCUUAUUUCCCUACCUAACAUCAAUAAGGCUUUUUGAUUGUAAGAUAACAAAUUUGGAUUUCUUAGAAACAAUGGUUCAUGUUGCCCCUUCUUUGGAAGAGUUGGACUUAUCUGAAAACAACUUUUGUAGACUACCCUCGUGUAUAAUUAAUUUUAAAUCCUUGAAAUAUAUUUAUACAAUAGGUUGUAAGUUGCUUGAAGAAAUUCCAAAGGUUCCAAAAGGAGUAGUUAUUAUGAAUGCUUCAGGGUGCGUAUCAUUGGUCAAAUUUCCUGACAACAUACUUGAUUGCAUAUCUUGUGAUGAUAAUAUGGAAUCUAGAGGAGACGAAGUAUUUAGAAGACUCAUAUUAAUGAAUUGUGAUAUUCCAGAUUGGUGCAAGUACAAGAGUAUGAACAAUUCAAUAGAGUUUAUUUUUCCAGCUGAUUGUCUAAGUUCGAAAAGUAGGGUUUUUGCUUGUGCCAAAUUUGAAGUUAAUAUUGGUGACGGGGAACCUAACUUUAUAUGUUCAGUGUUUAUCAAUGAUACUAAAAUACUGGCCUGUGAAAUGUUAAGUUCCAUUGACGAAAUUACGCCUCCAUUGGACGCCACACAAACACCAACACCAACAGGUGAGUAUCUAUCGAUGGUAGUACUUGGUUCUUGCCUAUAUCCCGACCCAUAUAGUCUUGUUGAUGUUGAUCGCUACCCAUAUGUUGUUUAUCACUACCCAUUUGGUGAUAUUAUGUACGGCUCAGGGAAGGUUGAUCUAAAUCAACUAUGUUGUAGGAUGAAAUCCUCAAGAGGUAUUUUAGAUAAAGUUGAAGUGUUAUUUGAGGUUCCUCAAGAGUUCAAAGACGCAAUAAGUAUAAAAAUGUGUGGUGUUCACGUCAUUGUGGAGGAAUAAUUUGUAGAAGAAAUUGCCGAAGUUGAAGUUAGAAUAUGCAAACCUGAAGAGAGGCUCUAAUUACUCUUUUGCACUUCCUAAUUUUUAUGUUUAUAAAUAUAAUGUUAUCUCAAGACAGCAUUGUUAAUCAAGAGAAAACAGAAAUUGAUAUUUGAGUUUAUAUAUAUUUGUUUUUUUUU